UCUCAUGCUACUUCCACUGCCGACAGAGGUGGAGCAACAUGAAACUAUCUGUUGAAAGAGGAGAGGAUGCAAUGUGUCUGAAUGCAGUGCGUGAAGGAAAGGCCAUACUUGGAGUCCAGGUGUCUAGUUCUGAGAUCUCCCACUGAAAACCUUCUCAGCCCCUUGCAAGAUUGAGUAGCCACUUGAAGAUUGAAGAAAGGAAAGAAAAAUAAAGACAAGAGUAUUGAAACUGCAUAAAAAGGAGGUAGAACUCCUACAACCGAAAAAAGAGGACGUAGCAGAGCAGAAAUAGUCUCUUGCUAACUUCAGAAAGCCUCAUCACAGACUAAUAAAAAUUUGAAACGGCAAAGCGCAGCAACAAAUCAGUAUUCUCCGGCAGAGCCUGCAAGAUAUGGCCGAGAGGGUUAACCCUUUAGAUGGCUGAACUGAUUCUUUGAACAGCCACAAUCUGCAAGCAAAAGACUUGUGAAUGAUGAAUUUUAAUGGGUCAUUUCAGGAUCGUUUUUGACAAAUGGAGAUCCUGAGAUUCAAAUGGCUUUGACACUUUGACAGCCCCACAUUUUUGUAGCUGAUAAUGAAAACAUUCUCAGAGGAUUCCUUCCUAGUCUAUUAGAUGUACAGACAAACCGAGAGACGUAUAACUAACUAGUCUGAGAUCCUCGGCUCGGAUGAUUAGUUUGGAAAGACUUUUUCUGGUCCAGAAAGGUUCAGAAAAUCUUCUCAGGGCUGACUGGCAUUCUCCUCUUUGGCGUAUUUGUUUCAGUAACAACGUUUAGCCACCAAAUUAAAGAUGGCUGCCGGAGUGGCAACAUGGCUACCGUUUGCCAGGGCAGCGGCUGUUGGCUGGCUUCCUCUAGCCAAGAAAAAUAUGCCCAAACCGCCCGUGGACAAAAAGAGCCGCAACGACGAGAUCCUCUUCGUAAACGUGAGCGGGCUCCGUUUCCAGACGUGGAAAAACACGCUGGAUCGCUAUCCCGACACUCUGCUGGGCAGCUCAGAAAAGGAGUUUUUCUACAACGAGGACACUCAGGAGUAUUUCUUCGACAGGGACCCAGAGAUGUUUCGCCACAUUUUGAACUUCUACCGUACGGGUAAGCUUCACUACCCCCGGCAGGAGUGCAUUCAGGCCUUCGAUGAGGAGCUGGCAUUUUACGGCAUCGUGCCAGACAUUAUCGGAGACUGCUGCCAGGAAGAGUACAGGGACCGCAAGAAGGAGAACCAGGAACGUCUGGCUGAGGACACAGAGGCCGAGAUGGCGACGGACACCCCACUGCCGCCGGAGAGCACGUCUCGGGAGCGCUUGUGGCGCGCCUUCGAGAACCCCCACACAAGCACCAUGGCGCUCGUUUUCUACUACGUCACAGGUUUCUUCAUCGCCGUCUCGGUCAUAGCGAACGUAGUGGAAACUGUCCCCUGCCGACCCCUCAAAGGCAGCAAGAAAGACUUGCCUUGUGGUGAGAAGUACACGCUGGCGUUUUUCUGCAUGGACACGGCCUGCGUGCUCAUCUUCACGUUCGAGUACCUCAUGAGGCUUUUCGCCGCGCCCAGUCGCUGCAAGUUCAUGCGCUCGGUCAUGAGCGUAAUCGACGUCGUCGCCAUCAUGCCCUACUACAUCGGCCUGGUCAUGCCUGAGAACGAGGAUGUGAGUGGCGCGUUUGUCACAUUGAGGGUGUUCCGCGUCUUCCGGAUCUUCAAGUUCUCACGUCACUCUCAGGGCCUGCGGAUCCUGGGUUAUACUCUGAAGAGCUGUGCUUCUGAGCUGGGCUUCCUCCUGUUUUCCCUUACCAUGGCCAUCAUCAUAUUUGCCACCGUCAUGUUCUACGCCGAGAAAGGCACCAAGGGAACCAACUUCACCAGCAUCCCAGCCUCCUUCUGGUACACCAUAGUCACCAUGACAACUCUUGGGUGUCUCGAGCUUUCUGACUCUGAGAGACCGCUCUUAAAAGCACAAGCAGUGUCUCAAACGUUCUGCCAGUUCCACCACACUUCCAG